UGGUGUAUGUGAUCCAGGAAAUAGAAGAAUCCCGAGGAACCAUUUUAAACAGUGCGAGGAGUUUCAAUGGCGUGAACAACAUCAAGAGCCGGGCGCUUCCGAUGGAUACGGGUUUAUAAAGUUUCAGGAACUGUUUAUUGCCAUUCAAGACCCACACAGUGGGUCCUACAGAGCCUGAAGACUUCCUUCGAUUAGAGGACGAAAAAAUGAUGUCCCUGGACAAUUUUCAAAAGACAAUCCAGAACCCGAGUAUUCCAUAUGCUGGGACUAUUAUUGGGGGUCUUUUGCCUGGAGAGCUUGUGGUCAUACGUGGGUCCGUCCCAGAAGGUGCAGAAAGGUUCCAGAUAGACUUCCAGUGUGGCAAUAGCACAAAACCUCGGGCUGAUGUAGCCUUUCAUUUCAACCCCCGCUUCAAAAAAUCUGGUUGCAUCGUUUGCAAUACCCUACGGAAUGAAAGAUGGGGCUGGGAAGAGAUAACUCACGCAAUGCCUUUUGGAAAAGGAAAGCCAUUUGAGAUUGUUUUUAUGGUUCUGCAUGAUAAAUUCCAGGUAUCUGUAAAUGGAAAGCACUUGUUGAUCUACAAGCAUAGGCUUAACCUUGAAAAAAUAGAUACAAUUGGAAUAUACGGAAAUGUGCAAGUCAAUAUGAUUGGAUUUGUGUCAAAUGCGUCUUUGCAAGGCUCUCAGCCAUCCUUGCUAGGGGCAACAAAGACAAACUCAGGAAAUCAGGAAGAAGUCCCUGAUGCGUCACAGUUUGUAGUUCCUUACAUUGCACGGCUUCAUUCUCCUCUUGAGCCUGGGCGAACAAUUGUCGUAAAAGGAGAAAUUAAUGAAAAAGCAAAUGGCUUUGCCAUUAACCUUAAAGCCAGUGACUCAGAUGACAUUGCUCUGCAUCUGAAUCCCCGAAUAAGAGAUAGAGCUUUUGUGAGAAAUUCCUACCUGGAAGGCAGCUGGGGAGAAGAAGAAAAGCAGAUCCCUCAUUUCCCUUUCUCUCCAGGAAUGUACUUUGAGUUGAUAAUACUCUGCAAGGCCCAUCACUACAACGUUGCGAUCAACGGUGUGCAUGCCAUAGAGUACAAACACCGGUUCAAACAACUUGGAAAGAUCAGCAUCCUGGAAAUCCAUGGGGACAUUCGACUGCUGGAUGUGAGGAGCUGGUAACUGUGAUGCAGUACUUGUGUGUUACUCUCAAAGUGAUUUUAGAAAGGUCUCCUUGAAUCCCUUCCUCUAAUCUUGAGGACACUGAGCAGCAUUAAACUUGAUCCAUCUACCGCAGCAAAAAAUGCAUAUAUACUGGAUGCAGAUUGCUUACAAAAACCUUUCUGUAUUUGUCCAUGGAAAUCAACUGACAUAAUAUCUAAAAACUAACCAUAGCUUGCAGAAUAAACAUACUGUUGAUCCACAGUGUAAUAUUAAGUUAUAAAUAGUUACCAGCUGCUGUUACUAAAAUUGUGUAUGCUAAAUUCAACUAGUGAAUUUGAAGACUAUAUUGUUAAGCUAACUCUGCUGCUGGUAAUGGAAGGUACAGCCGAUUCAAAAGAACUCUUAUGUUCUUACCUUUCUCAUGCUUUUAGAACAUUUCUAGAAAUUAUAACCAGUAUAUACUCUCAACUGGUUGCACUGUACUGGAAAAUACAUAUUCUCAUGGAGGGCACCAUUAGUCGUCUCAAUGGUUAGAGGUGUCUUUCUUCACAAAAACAUGACUAAAAUGGAGAAGUUCCUAUUUUGUUGUACCAGAUAAGUGUUUGGGGUUUAGGGCUAGGGAUUAGAGACAAAGGGUCCAUUUUCUCUCUCUCAGCUGAAUAGCUCUGAAGGGCGCAGAAUUAAAAUUUUACUUCUGUGAAGCUAUGUAGAGAAAAUUAGAUACAAUGACUUCCAAAAUUCUUUAUCUUUUUAAAAAAUGAACUGUAAUGACCUGUCACAGCUGCCUGUCUGCAGUAGGAUGUGAUACAGAAGAGUUUUUGCUUCAGGCACAAAGUUGGGUGAUGUGUUUUUACCUCACACUUUCCUAAUGUGAAGAACGCAUCCAGUUUACGCAAGCCAGAGAAAGGAUAAAUGCCAAGUGUCCCAACCGUUUAUAAAUGAGUGUUUUUUAAUAUCACAAUUCAGAGUGGAAAAAAAUGUAUACAAUUAAAAUUCUUGUUUAACAUUAAAAAAAGUUCACCGUU